CUCUCUGCAAUUAGAAAGAGCUAAAGGACUCAGACACCAUGAUGACUCCAACUCUGGUGUUGAAUCUUCUGCUUCUAGUUUCUAUUGCUUCAGCAGGACAUUAUUAUGGAGGCUCACUGACCUUCUCACCUAAAGGAACCAAUCCAGACGGGAGCAUUAGGGUCGAGUUUCGCAUCAAGCAAACGUAUGAUGAGACUUGGUGUUAUUACGAACCAUAUUACUGCGUCUCUGGGAAUUGUGGGUAUGAGAGCAAACAAGUCAGUGCAAAGAUUGAUCGCAGCUCUAAUGGAAGAAGCGCUUACACUAACACUUGGUGCCAAAAUGAAGCUGUUGUGACAAGAAACAUCAAUGGGAAUAUGCCAUUUGAUCUGCAGGACUAUUCUUGCUGCUGGGUGCCCACAGUUAACGGUGUUGGUUCCUGGAGACUCUGGACACACGUGGAUCUUGGCUUAAGAUCUGACACUAAUAAGCCCAACCAGUCGCCUCUGAACACUAUUUUACCACUUUUACGUGUUCCUCAAAACUGCCCUCGUACAUACCGCUUGAUGGCCUUUGACCCAGACGGCGAUCAGGUCAGAUGUCGAUAUGGAAUUCAACAGAAUAAUGAAUGUGACACAUGUGACCAGCCCAGUGGUUUCCAACUAGACCAAAAUGCCUGCACUCUAGACUAUAGCUAUACCUACAACACAGGAGUCUAUGGAUUUGAACUGGUUCUGGAGGACUUCCCAAGACAGCACAUCAGCCUGUCCUACACGGAUGGAACCCAGUCUUACAGAUGCCCUCUGGGCGGUGGAAGACACAAACGCUCACCUUGGUCCUGGUUGUAUACAACCCCUGAAACUACAACUGAAGCAUCCACUACACUGCAGCCAACUACCACGCUUCCACCUACAACUACACCAUGGUGGCUUUGGCUGCAAACCACAACUACCACUACAACAUACCCAAAUCAACAGUUCACCACGACUACCAUACCUCCACAUCAACGUUCUUAUGAUCCAUUGAGCAAGAUCCCUCUGCAAUUUAGUCUCCUUGUUGACCCGCCUGCUCCGUCCUGCACUGAGGGACUCUACAUUCCUCAUUUUGUGUCACCAACUCCCCACAACGGAGAAACAAUUCAUGCUACACCACUCAAUGAACUGGAAAUCCGAGUUAAAGCCACAGCAGCUUAUUCAACGGUUUCUGAUGUCAUCAUUAGUGGCCCUCUGAACAUAACUAAGCACCCUUUGAGCACUGGAGAGUACGCCAUCAGAUGGAUGCCAAUGACAGAGGAUCUUGGAGAUCAUUUUCCUGUCUGUUUCAUUGCGGAGAGCUCAAGCGGAUCUAGCAUUUAUCAGUCUGAAAUGAGAUGUGUCAUUGUCACCGUUGGACGACAGACCGUUGAUGCAAAUGUGAUUUGCACUGGAACCAACAUGGUCAUUGAAAUUGAGCAGGUGGACUCUGUCGGGCUGCACAAGGACUAUCUGCGACUCAACAAUCCCGCCUGCACUUUAGACUCAAACGGCACUCACGUGUUAGCAAACUUUUCCCUCAAUGCCUGUGGAACUAUGAUUGAGGAGGACGAUCUGUACAUCAUUUUUAAAAAUGAAAUUACCUCGACUGAUGACCCAAACAGCAUCAUUACCAGAAAACACGAGGUGGAGAUUGAGUUCUCCUGCCGUUAUGAGAAGAGCAACAAUGUUUCACUGCAGUUCACAGCACAGAGACACACGACCACCAUCACAGAGAAAGGCUUCGGUACCCUCACAUAUAGCUUCGGACUCUUCGAAACAGCAGACUACACCUUAAAGGUGGACCCAAACACAUAUCCUGUGGAGUAUGAGCUCGGUGAAAUGAUAUACAUGGAGAUCGAAUCCCAGUCUUCAAUCAACAACACUGAGCUCUUCAUCGACUCAUGUGUUGCAACACCUUUCAAUGAUCCGAACUACCAUACGCCUUAUUCAAUCAUCCAAAAUGGGUGCAUCUUGGAUGAAACAGUUCAGUUCUACACAAGCCACAAUCCAAUGGUCCGCUUUGCAAUGGAAGCCUUCAAAUUCAUUGGACUUCAUGAUCAGGUGUAUAUCAGUUGUUCAGUGAUCCUAUGUGAGGCAAACAAUCCCAACACCCGCUGUUCUCAGGGCUGCGUUGACAGCACAGUAGCUCCACCAUCACACCACCAUCACAAAAGAGAAGCUCCCAUCCAGACCUCCAGUCACUUCGUCUCUCAGGGACCCCUGCGACUGAAGAGGAGUGUUGAGCGUGAAGUGUCCUCCACGGCUUUGAACCUAAAUCUAGUGUUCAUAGUUGGAAGUCUCCUCGCAGCUAUUGGGAUGGUGUGUGCUGUUCUGAUCUACCAAACCAGGAAACCACUGGUCAAAUAUCAACCACUACAUAAUACUGAAAUUUAAUGGAUUAUCUGAGAGACUAAGAAAUCAUUUCCAUUUUGCUGUUUCAGGGCUUUGAAAGAUUUGUCUCAGUUUGAUCCAAUGUAUUUUGACCUGUUAAAUCAUAAUAUAUACAAUUGAUGAUUAGGGUUAUUUUCAUAUACACGUGUAGUGUAUAUCUUUACAUGGAACUCUUUUGUUUGCUGCUGAUAAAGUUUAAAUAAAAAUGGAAAUGUGAAGAAAAAGAGCAGCUAUUCAAUUAAAAGAACAGUUCAAACAAUGUAUAUCCACAAAGAGAAAUAAACAAGCAUAAGAGUAUUGUUGUUGUGGUCU